ACAUUUGGAGUGCAAAGAGUUACACCAACAAUGAAUAAAUGGAACAUUUGUUACGUUUCAACAUAAUGGAAUAAAUACUGUCUGGUAUUUUAUAACCUCUAAGAAAUAAUAUGUUUUGAACAGUUUAAAAAUCAUACAGAAUUAAGAAAACACAAUGGAUACGAAAAUGGGUAAAAAGGACAUUGUGCAAGCUGUUGUUCUUGCUGAUGAUUUUGUGACAAAUUUAACACCAAUGCAAGAUAUAUUCCCAAGUAUUCUAAUGCCCAUUAUAAACGUACCACUUUUAGAUUAUUUAAUAGAAACCCUCAUUAAGUCUAAAAUACAAGAAUUAUUUCUUUAUUGUAGCAGCCAUGUAGAUGCUAUAAAGACAUGUAUAAAGGAGAGAAAGUGGUCUAGGAUAUCUGUUUCUUUAAUCAUAUCAGAGGGUUGCAGAUCCCUCGGCGAUGCGCUUAGAGAUAUUGAUUCGAAAGGUUUUAUUCGUGGGAAUUUUAUACUCAUACGAGGAGAUGUGUUUAUCAAUGCAAAUCUCACAAAUGCUUUAAGCAAUCACUGUGCAAAGCUUGAGAAAGAUAAAGGUGCAACAAUGACUAUGUUACUGAGAAACUUUGGUUCCACAAAUGAUUCUUUACUAAAGAGAGAAGCAUUUUUAUUAGUUUCUGACAAAACUGAAAAGAAAGUUCUGCAUUAUAGUAAAUUAAGAAAUGGUGAAAAGAAAGUUAAACUGGAAUUGAAUUGGUUUUUGGAUCAUGGUGAAAUCGAGAUUAAUACCUGCUUCAUGGAUACACAUGUUUACUUAUGUUCACCUUCUGUUCUUCCAUUGUUCUCUGAUAAUUUUGAUUUUCAAACAAUGGAAGAUUUUAUUCGUGGAGUGCUGAUGAACGAAGAAAUUUUAAAUUCUCGAAUUUACUGGCAGCAAUUAAACUCUGAAGAUUACAGUCUACCAAUUGUAUCAUGGAAUGCCUACCAAGCUCUUAGUCAUGAUAUUUUGAACAGGCAUAGUUUCCCGCUUACGUUAAAUGCCAUUCCAUUUUUAAAAGAUUUUAUUUACAUGCCGAGAAGCACUUAUAAACAUCGAAGUGCUACACUUGCUAAGGGUUGCACAUUGGAGAAGGAUAGCGUGCUUUGUCAAAACAGCACACUUGGAAACGAUACCUUUGUUACAAGAUCCGUUAUUGGUCAUAAUUGUUUAGUUGGUUGUAAUGUAAUGAUUAAGAACUCGUAUAUUUUAUCACAUACCGAAAUCAAAGAUAAUUGUACUAUUCUGAACAGUAUAGUAUUUCCAAAUUGUGUGAUUAAAAAAAGCGCACAAUUAAAUGGGUCCAUAUUAUGUCCUGGAACAAUAAUUAACACUCAAAUGGAGUACACUGAUUCUAUUUUGGAAUUAAAAGAUAAUAAGAUUUCUAUAAGAAAAAUAUAUGAAAUUGAUAUGGAUAACGAAUUCGAGUUCUUUAAGGAUUACAACAUGAUUGAAAAUGAUAAUUAUUCUUCGGAUACAACAAGUAGCGAGGAAGGCUCUGAACGUAAUUCACCUGUUCCUGACGAUACAAACAUGUUCUUGUCUGAAGUAAUAGAUAGUUUAUUAAGGGGCUUUCAAGAUAAACUUAACUGCGAGAACUUAAUUUUGGAAAUAAACUCAUCGAGAUAUGCGUAUAAUGUUACAAUGAGAGAAGUGACGUAUAACGUUAUUAAAGCUAUAUUAAGUUUACCUUUUCAUUAUCUUUCGGAACAGAAAGAAAUUGUAAAUAAUCAAAACUAUCAAAAAAACUUGAAAAUCAUGGUAACUUACUUCCAACCAAUAAUUUUGAAUUACGUCAAAACAGAAGAUGCACAAGAAGAUUGUUUACACGCAAUGGAAGAAGUCGCUAGUACAACACAGGAAUUACUACCGUUUCUGCAACACUUGUUACAUCUUCUUUACGAUAAAGAUGUAUUAUCAGAAGAAAAAAUUUUAGAGUGGUACAGUGAUAAAAAUAUAGACGAAUUCCAAAACAAAAAUGUACGAAUUGCAGUACAACCAUUCAUCAAAUGGUUGGAAGAAGCUGAAGAAGAUUCUAGCGCAAGCAGCAAUGAUUAAAUACAACUCAACAUCUUCGAUACUUUUUAGUAAGAAGAAGCCGCUUCUUUAGUUCCUGUAACUCAUGUCAAUUUUUUAUAAAAAUAAACAUGAAAUAAUUGAAUUUGAAUCAUAAAAUGAUUUAAUGUACAGAUAAAAUUGCUCAUUAAAAUCAUCGUUAAAAGUGAUUCACUGUAUGUAAUAUAACAUCUUUAUUAUUGUGUCAACUUUCACUUCAUAAUAAUACACUUUGAGCAAUAAUACCGAUCAUGUGUAAAUAAAAUUAUAGUUCACUGAUUACUAUGCAUAUGAAUUACAGACCUUAUCGGAAUGUUUUGAAUAACACAUUUAAAAAGGAAACUAGUAUAAAUUAUUAUUAUUCUGUAGGCAAAAUAGCAUCUGUUAAAUUGUGCCAAGUUUGGUGUCGAUGAUCUGGAAAUUUAAUCGCAUCUAUCCAGUGUCGCAAUCGAGCACCUUUGCUGUUACAACUUAAUUCAAGUCCACCUAAAUAAAAACGGGAAGAAUUAUAAUGAUCUGUAUAUUAAAUAGUACAUUAUGUGAAAUAAAAGUCAAAUAUAUUAAUUUUUGUUGA